ACAAAAGAAACACCUGCACAUCAGAAGCUUCUAGUUGAGCAUAAUAAUUCAAAGCGAAGCAGGUCUUCUAGUGUGUUUUGAGAUUCAUCAAAUAACUCGACCAUCGACGACACAAACAGAAAUCGCCAAAAUGUGACUACAGUUCGUCAUCUUAUAGGAGCAUCAAACAUACUUCCAUACGCACCGCACGAGCUAAUUGUUAUAACCAACAACGAGAUGAACAGAACAGAGAUGAAGAAUUUAACGUGACAGUGGAAAGAAAUGGACAUCUACAGAAAUUUUGCUUGAAUAACAAAAUAAAAGCUACGGCCUAGAGAAAGAAGAUCGGUUAAAGCUACAGGGAAUAAGAAAAGCUGCAAUUGAAUAUACAGGCAUGGCACUGAUAGUUUUGAUAAAGAAUGCUGUGAAUCUUAGAGGACGUUAUGACCGUAUCGCAAGGAUCAGUUUUCGCGGAAUCACAUAUCAGACGCAAGUUUACGAAGACUGUUCAGAUCCAGACUGGGAUGAGGAAUUUGUAUGGCCCCUUGCCAGUCAGUUGAACCCAAGUGAAUACAUUGAGAUUCAAGUUCUCAAUCACAACAAAAUAUUCAGCAACAGAGUUGUUGGAUUAUAUCGCAUGGUAUUACAAAGGCUAAUACAGGAACAGCACCUUGCUCUUACUGAUAGUUUAUUAGACAACAAUAACACUGUUUUAAAGGCUCAGUUAUCGUUAGAACUUACGUAUGACCUUCCAAGUGGCACGGUACCAGAAUGGAUAACCGGGCUACACGAAGAACAAGACGAUCAGUACGCCGAAAAUGGCGAGGAGAUCUUCCCACCAACGGCACGGCGGCAGUCGAGAAUGAGCCUGCCUGGUUGGAAAAAGGGCCAAGAAAAUGGACAGCUGAAAAUUGGAUCAUCCAUAAGUCUCAAUUCGCUUGGAGCUCACAAGAAAAAGAGUUUUGGAAAUUUGUCACACCAAAUGGCCCAAGAUUUAAACCGAAGUACAGAGAUAGGUCCGAACCAGUUAGGAGUGGUUGCUGGACCCUUUGGUCAAAUGCUACAAAGUCGUGAUACCGGUGGAACAAUGAGUAGACGAGGGUCAGUUUACAGUGUUGCAAGUGGGGGGUCUGGAACUGGCAUGUUCCAUCAACACCCAAAGGUACGAAUCGACCAGAAGGAUGUUAUUAAAGAAAUCGACUACCAAAUACAAAUUCGUGUCAUAGAAGCGAGGCAGCUUUCAGGGAUGCAGUUAGAUCCAGUCUGCACUGUGACAGUAGGGAGCCAAAAGAAGCAUACCGCUGUGAAGGAGCAAACAAACACGCCAUUUUGGGAUGAGUUUUUCGUAUUCGAUUUCAAGAUGCCAGCACUGGUUCUUUUUGAUAAAAUCAUCAACUUUCAGGUGUUCACAGGAAGAAACCUUAUUAGUCAAGGAAUUCUGAUUGGAGCUUUCAAGCUGGAUAUUGGAACAGUGUAUGCCCAACAGGACCACAGGUUCAUUCGCAGAUGGGCAGUACUUACUGAUCCAGAGGAAACACUCGGAGCUUCAGGUGCUGGCGUUAAGGGCUACCUGAAAGUUGAUAUUACAGUUCUUGGUAAAGGAGAUCCAAUCAAGGAGCCACCAAGUGUUAAAGAUAAUGAUGAUGACAUCGAAUCGAACUUGUUGUUACCCGAUGGUGUUCCUGCUGAAAGACCGAAGGCUCGAAUUGUUGUCAAGAUUUACAAGGCAGAAGGACUGCCAAAAAUGAAUUCUGGUCUAAUGGCAAACGUCAAAAAAGCUUUCACAGGAGAGGUGAGAGAUCUUGCAGACCCAUAUGUAGAAGUGUGUUUUGCGGGCCACAAGGCACGAACAACUGUCAAAAAGCACACAUAUGAACCGGAGUGGAAUGAGCAAGUAACUUUUGCAGAACUUUUCCCACCCCUAUGUCGACGAAUAAAAGUACAACUCAAAGACAGUGACUCAGUUACCGAUGAAGUUGUUGGCACCCACUUUAUCGAUUUGUCCCAAAUAUCCAACGAUGGUGCCAAUGGGUGGAUAACUCAGAUCUGCACUUUCGAAGUUGCAAAGAAGACAAAAAAGAACAAAGAACCAGAAAACAUUGUUGAGGCUGCUUUUCAGUUUGGAUCUGUUAAUUUCCACAGAUUCAAUACGGAUUCUGGAUUCAUGCCGACGUUUGGACCAUGUUGGGUCAAUUUGUAUGGAUCAACGAGGGAUUUCUCUCUGUUUGAUGAACAUAACAGCCUAAACGAGGGACUGGGUGAAGGUGUCGCGUAUCGAGGGCAUUUGCUGGUAGCGGUUCAAGCAGAAAUGGGCGAAUCAGCAUCGGAUGCUUCAAUUAAACAAGUUGAAGUCGAUGGAACUGCGCCAAUAUCUGAUACAGCUGCUGGCAAAGAAGACAACUUUCAGCUAUUUGCUUGCAUCUAUGAGGCAAACAUGAUUGAAAGAAAAGCAGGCGAGAAAAAUGUCCAAUUUGAAAUGACAAUUGGCAACUUUGGCAAUACAAUCGAUGGACAGUUUAUCCGGGAUGACCUCAAAGAUGAAGCAGAUGGGGACGACGAGCGCUUUGUUCACUCGCUGACACCGUCCUUCAAGCCGACAUCCACCGAUAGACAAUACUACUACAUUCCUUUUGAAGAUACAAAACCGUGCAUGCAUUUAAAGUUUCCCUUCCAGGAUCACAGACGACGACUUUAUCUCUCUAACAUGCUGUACAAGAUAUACGAGAGACUGAAAGACGGAGUUGACGAUGUACACGAAAGAGUCAAAAUGGACCUCGAAGACACCUACAAAUGCUUGAAAGUUGUAUUCAAGGACCUUAUAAAGGGUUGUGGCAAUUUUAUCAACAUCUGUGAAAACAAAAUUAGUGGCCCAACUGUAGGCCGUACAAAACUGGACAGGGAAAGGCAAAAGCUUUGUAUCAAUGAAGUGAGAAGCAUUGCACAACAGAGCAAAGUGGUACUAGAAAGCAUUCAUGAUAACACUCAGAUCAGAGACAACCUGAGAAGUGCAAUGGAGUUUCUCAAAAGAAUACAAACAAUAGUAGCAGAGCCUCAGCAUAGUAUACCUGAUAUUUUCAUCUGGAUGCUAAGUGGUGGAAAACGCGUCGCAUAUACAAGGGUACCAGCUCAGCACGUGGUUUAUUCUCAAGUCGAUUGGGAAAAAGGUAGAAACUCCGGAAAAGUACAAUCAGUAUUCCUCAGGCUUCCCGGAAAGCGAGGUGAUGGGCCGAAAGGUUGGGCGAUUCAGGCUAAACUUGACGUUCUUCUAUGGAUUGGCUUGCACAAACACAAAAAAGAUUAUUUGAAAGAUGCUCCAAAGGGUUAUCAAACACCGAAAGGAAUGAACAAGAUGAUGUCACCACCUCCAAAUCAGCUGGUGUAUACAGAGAAGCAAAAGUUCAUGCUUAGGGCGCACAUUUACCAAGCAAGAAGUCUUAUUGGCAGCGAUGCUUCUGGACUUUCAGACGCAUUUGCACGUGUGAUAUUUGGGCAAAUGGCUGCGGACACCCGAGUAAUUUGGGAGACCAGGAGCCCAACGUGGGAUCAAACACUCAUAUUCAAAGAGUGUGUCAUAUGGGGAGAUAUGAAUGAAACCGCAAACAAUCCACCAACAAUUGUUAUCGAAAUAUUUGAUAAAGAUAUCGGGGGUGACUCAGAAUUUAUUGGAAGAGCCCUAGCUCGCCCAAUCGUAAAGCUCGCUACAGAAAAGUACGACAAGCCGAACUUUCCUCCAGCUUUAGAAUGGUUUGAGAUUCAAAGGGGCGACGAAAAAGCUGGUGAACUCCUUGCAGCCUUUGAGCUGUUACAUGUUGUCGAUGAAGGCAAAUGCUUUUUGCCAAAAGAAGAGGAACCAGUAAAUACCCAGGAUGGGCCGAUAAUACCUGUACCUGACGGCAUCAGACCCGUUAUGAAGAAGCAUCGUAUUGAGGUCCUGUUCUGGGGAGUUCGUGAAAUGAAACGUGUAAAUCUCACUACUGUUGAUCGGCCACAAGUUGAUAUCGACUGCGCAGGUCACGUCGUGACGUCAACAGUGAUUGCGAAUGCAAAGAAGAACCCUAACUUUUCUUCUCCAAUUGCAUUCUUUGAUGUCGAGCUGCCAGAAAACGAGCGGUACUGUCCCCCUUUGACAGUACGCGUGCGUGACUGUCGUACGUUUGGUCGUUUCACGCUGGUUGGAACCCACGUUGUAAACUCACUUCACAGAUAUUUGCAGAGCAUUGAAGUACCACCUGAGCAAGAUCAAAAGAAAGGGCCAGACGAAGAAGGAGAGGCUGAAGGUUUAGAUCCCAAUGCUCCACCUCCUAACGAUGGCGAGGCCGCCCUUGAAAAUAUUGCUGGAUCUCCCGAUGCAGAAGGUGUUGCCUUGGAGACGAUUCAAGAGGGCGGCGAAGAGCUAGAUGAGACUGGAGAGGGACUAGAUGAAACGCAAGAUGAUUUUGAACCAGUUACAGACGGGGAAUACGAACCUGAAACAGAAGAUGAGCUAGACGCAGGCCCGGACUUGAUUAUUAGAAAUCCGGGUGCGGAAAAAACUAGUGGACAGCAAACUCCCUUAGGCAGUAGCAAGAUGACACCUUUGAAAAAAGUAAUCAGUGCCGCCGGCUCUAUUAGAAGCGGAGGCAAAAAGGACAGUAAACGAGGCAGUAUUGUAUCUGCUUCUAAUAGCAAAAAGAGUGGACGGAAAAGUCCUACAGCCUCAUUGUCACCAGAGGAACCACACCAUGUCUCGUUUUCGCCGAAAAACACUGGCUCCCGUAGGCCAUCGCGUUUACAGCUACCUAGUAUGACAGGAACGCCCUCUCAUGGGAUACUUAAGACACCCGUGGAAGGUACUCCUGGCUCCCAAAAGUGGGCAGGUCCUAAUGAUAUACAUAUUGAUAUAGAAGGGAAUCAAACAAUUGCUUUGUACGAUAAAACUGAAAACGCAGUUGAUUCCCCACAAAUAGAUUCAGAAAAGAACAUGGCAAGACUAAAUGACGUGCAUGGCACCCCUGUGCAACGCCUUAGAAGUCAAACUAGUAGUAUAAUUGAUAGGGUGAUGGGUAGCAGGACGCCCAGUAGACUGGGUAGCCGGGUACCAAGUAGGGUAGAAAGCCGGGCGCCUAGUAGGUUGGGUAGCCGGGCGCCUAGUAGAGCUGGGACACCCGGUCUUAGCAAGAUGGGCUCACCAAGUCGAAAGGGCUCUGGUGAUAUAGAACAAGAGAUGGACGUAGAUAAAACAUUAGAGAUGGCAGCAGAUGCUUUAGCAGAACAGCAAGAGGAAGGCGAGAAAGAAGAAGCUAAAGAGGCAGAGCCUGGAGCGGAAAAGAAAGACGCUGAGGCUGCGAAGGAGCCGAAUGCUGCUGCUGCUGCUGGUGCUGCUGGGGAAAGUAAAGAAGGAGAAGAAUUCGGAGGGAAAAAGGGGCGAAAGAGUGUUGACGCCUCAAAGAAAAACAGAUCAAAUGAAGAAGGGACCUCAAGGCCACAAUCGCCAUCUGCUGAUGUCACGAUUGUUGAAAUUGGUGACUUUGGCGACGAUGUGGAGGAGAGGAAGCCAAAACCUCCAGGAGACAAAGGAAAAGGGGAAGAAGAUGAUGACGAUGAAGAUUCGCUUGACUGGUGGUCGAGGUAUUAUGAGACAGUCAAAGACGGUGAGAGAGAACAGGAGGAAGAGGUGGCGAAGGAGGCACAAAAAGAUGUCGCUGUUUCGAAGAAGGACAAGAAAGGAGACAAAGAUCAGGAUCUUCCGAAAAGAAAGAAGAAGCCAAACCCGAAAAUCACCAGAAUCAAGAUUUACAACAACGCACUUGAGAAUAUGGCAGAAUUCAAUGGAUUCAAUGAUUGGUUGUUUUCGUUUCCGCUUUUCCGUGGAAAGAAGACUUCCGAAGACGAGGAUGAUGAUCAUCGAAUUGUUGGAAAAUUCAAGGGAGCAUUGAAAGUCUGGAAAUUUCCGCUGCCGAAAAUGUUCGAAAAUGAGCCUCCAAAUGGUUCCUUUACAAAAUUACCGAGUAACGAACCGGUCAAUGUUUUAGUCCGGUGCUACGUUAUACGGGCAUCUGAACUUCAUCCAACAGACGUCAAUGGCAAGGCCGACCCAUAUCUGGUAGUAACAUGUGGCAAGCAGAAGAACAAGGAUCGUGAAAACUAUAUUCCAAAACAACUUAAUCCCAUUUUUGGCAGGGUCUUUGACUUCGAAGCCAUAAUCCCAAUGGACAACAUGCUUACAGUUGGAGUAUUUGAUUACGAUUUAGUUGGAAGUGACGACUUAAUCGGUGAAACGAAGAUCGACAUUGAGAACCGGUUUUACUCGAGGCAUCGACCGAUCUGUGGCUUGUCUGAGGCCUAUGCAACGUUUGGUUUCAACAAAUGGCGUGAUCCGAUGAAACCCAGUCAGAUUCUUGCACGCCUCUGCAAAGACGAAGGCCUGGAUGGUCCAACGUACACGGCUCCUGGAAAAUGCAAAAUAGAAAAUCAUAUCUUUUCUGGUGCAGGCUCUGUUGUAGAUGAAGCUGGAUCCUCCAAGCCGUCCGAUGAACCAGCAGCUCUAAAAGCCUUGCACAAUUUUCAUACUAUCGCUAAAAAGGGUUUCCAUCUUGUACCAGAACAUGUCGAAACGCGCUCACUUUACAAUCCAGAAAAGCCUGGGAUCGAACAGGGCAAAAUUGAAAUGUGGAUAGACAUGUUUGCCAUGGAUAUGCCUUCACCUGGUGCCCCUGUGGAUAUAACACCAAGGAAACCGGCCUCGUUUGAGCUACGUGUUGUCAUUUGGAAUACAGAAGACGUUCUUAUGGACGAGGUCAACAUAGUAACAGGAGAGGCUUGCAGUGAUAUUUACGUCAAAGGGUGGAUAGAAGGAAUGAAAGACGAAAAGCAACAAACAGAUGUCCAUUACAGGUCACUAACUGGAGAAGGAAAUUUCAACUGGCGAUUUAUUUUUCCAUUUCAAUAUCAGAAAGCAGAGGAAAAGAUUGUCAUAAAAAAGAAGGCCACUUUCUUCUCAUGGGAUGAAUCUGAAGAGAAGGUGCCACCGAGGCUGACACUACAAGUCUGGGAUGCAGAUGCUUUUUCUGCUGACGAUUUUAUUGGUGACUGCUGCCUAGACAUGGUUCGGAUGCCACGUGGUGCCAAAACUGCAAAAACUUGCAACCUGGACACGAUGAAAACAGACAAGCCGAUAUCUCUUUUGAAAUUAAAACACAUCAAGGGCUGGUGGCCUUUCGCAGUAAAUACUGACUUGGAAGAGAUUGAGCUUGCUGGUAAAGUCGAAGCGGAGCUUGAAUUACUGACGCAAGAGGAAGCUGAAAAGGCUCCCGCAGGAUUAGCGCGGGAAGAACCGCAACCUCUCGACAAACCAAAUCGUCCGGACACAUCAUUCACUUGGUUCAUGAAUCCAUUCAAAUCGCUACGGUACAUGAUUUGGGAGCAGUACAAAUUCUGCUUGCUAAAAUUCUUGGUAAUCGGAUUGCUGAUUGCUCUAAUGGGACUUUUCUUUUAUUCAAUGCCUGGUUACACAGUAAAGAAAAUUUUCAACGCCUAAAUGCAUGCCUUUGAUGAAUGUAAUUGAAAAUAAAACUUUUUUCUUUAUUUUAACGAAAUUUCACUGAUUUGCUGUAGUUAAUAUUUGUAAAUUCAGAUUCUGUUAUGUUAAAUAUUAUGUGUUUUAAUAUUAUAUAUAUAAUAAUUAUAUUAUGAAAUUAUUUAGAAUUAGAUAACAAUGAGAUGAUUAUAAAAUAGGAAGUGUAUAUAAACGAAUGGAGAUGACUUAAAAUCUGGACAUAAGAUUUACUAUGUCUACAUACUGACAGAUAAAUGGACAUAUGUUAGUAUCAUGGGUGUGUUCUACGUACAUUAGAGCUCGAAGUUGUGCAGUAAAGCUGGAUUUAGAUGUUGUGAAGUCAAAAAACAAAAUGGUACAUGGGGUAAUACCAUUCUAGGUAUAUCUUGGCGAGACUCGUGUGGUUGAAGUUCCUCUAGAAUGGUAUUUGUUUUAGCCAUUCACGAGAACACGAAAGUGACGUUAAAAUGUCCUCAACUGACCAGAUAACUUCGCAAACGGACCAGGAUUAUGACCCCAGUAAAAUAUUUCUUACAAAGCUUACAUUUAGAAUAUUUUGUUCUCUUUACAUAUGGCUGCAGCCCCCCUCUAGUAGAAAAUGUGUUCGCUUACGCAAACGAAAAUGACUUGGAAUAUGUUUAUAGAUUCAAGGAAAAGAAACAGAGACUAUUGUAGCAUAGACCUCUUUCGUCUCUUGAGCUCUCUCUUAACGGAGUUCUGUUUCGUUAGCUAAUAUCCUAAUGUAAACAAUUUAAAGAGAGCAAUGAUGUGCAGUUACUACAGAAACGAAGGGGUUUUUGAAAUAGCUUCAUUUAAGAGAUGGCGAAUUCUUAUUGCCUGUCUAACAAUGUGAUUGCUAAAAGCUUGACUGGUCUGGGAAUUGAAGGAGUUUCUUUCAUAACAAAAUUUUUUCACUUCGUCUUCAGCCCCCAGUAUCGACUAUUGUGAUUGAAGUCUUCUUAAAAAUCAUCUUGAGUCCAACUGAUAACUGCGGCAAACCUAUAAUAUUUAUGAAGCAUAACAAUAUUGAUUGUUUAUUUCUUUGAAGCUCUUUCAAUAAGGGACAGAAUGACUGAUACAACACACUGCUGAAUUUUAAACCUUGUUCUGACAAAAAUUUUCUUAAAAUACAGUAGAAGACAAAAAGCUUCAUGACAAAAAUUGCAAUUUUAAUUCAAUGCUUAUCUUGUAAAAUAAACUCUUAGUUGUUUGUUGUUUCAUAAAAUUAAUUUAGACUUAGUAGAUGUGUUUUAUAGAAACUUAAUUUAAGUAGCAACUUUAAGUUUAAAACGCCUUUUUUUACGUGUUUAACGUUGCUUCUGCAGGACGGACUUAAAUGUGAGAAAUAUAAAGAAGAUUUAAUUUAGCCCUUAUUUGUAUACCGUAAAUCCUCGAAUUAGCCCCCUGGGGGCUUAUUUAUUUGAUAUUUUUGGAUGGGGGCUUAUUCGAGAGGGGGGCUUAUAUGACGGGGGGGGCUUAUAAAAUUAUUGUUGACAUUAAAAAGACAUAAUAAAAAAACCUCGUUUAUUUUUGUAGAAAUUUCUUUAUGAGCAUUUACUUAAUUACUACCAAAAGUAUGAAUUUGUUGUGGUAAUUCAAUAAAACGCCAUAGGCAAAAAUCGUCAAAUUGAGGGGUCCCAUUUGAGAAUUUACUGUAGCUGUGGGGCCAAUUCGAGGAUUUACGGUAGUUGCCUACAAUAAUUUAUAAACAGCAACGACAUCCUAGUAUCCUAUAAUCAAUAUAAAAGAAGUCUGGGGCAUGUGAAGAAACCAACCUCACCUUGUUGGUUCCCUCACUUUGUUAGUUCCACUACCAAAUAGCUAUGUCUUUAUUUUCUGCCCCUACUUUCAGUUCCAACAAGUUUCUGCCUACAAAUAGGGGCUACUACCCUCGACUCAAAAGAUAUCUCACUAUUCAUGUCAGUUAUAGUUUUAAAUUUGAGAGUUUUGCACAAGCGCAGAACUUGUGCACUAUUAUAGUCGCCCAUCACUCUCUCACGCUUAUCACGCCAAAUUACUCUGAUCAUUAAGAUUUUCUAAAUACCAGAUGACAGGCAAGUCGAUUCCAAGUGCUUACAAAUUAUAGAGCCAAGAAAUCUUCUCGUGGACGUUUCUGGGAGCUUACAAAGAAGCUCAACAGUUCUGAGUAAUUUUUGCUAUAUAAUGUUGGGAUUCAGGCAGCAAAAAAGCUCAAAAAAGCUAUAGAAUUAUAGUUAAGUCAGCAUUGCUUCACUGAUAUUUUUUAUAGAAAUAUGUUUAAAAUGAUAACUGCAAUUUUAUUUUAAUCUUGUUAAAUGAUUUGUCAGAGUAAAGAUAGUAUGGAACA